AAUAGAAGCUCAACUGUGUUAGUAAGUAGUGCUGCUAUAAUCUGCGUCCAGCCGUGGUUAUUGAACUUCAGGAAGCAUGAACACCUUGCACCGCCAUUCUCAGUCGCCGGCCACAGGAGCUCUCCGAAGUGCAGGCCAUGCACAGCGUGUUAGCCUGACGGUCGCUGCCCCGCGCAAGUCUGUCCAGACCCCGCCGCUUGCUCGGACGGGAAAGACACUUCUAUCGGCUACAGCGGUAGCGGCGGAUGGAGUGGCCGCGCCAACAAAGGUUGUGCAUCCCGUCACCGCCGAGAGCUAUCGCGACUUCCUGGCCGAGAACGCGGAGAAGCUGGUGAUGAUGGAUUUUUACGCCGUCUGGUGCGGGCCCUGCAAGGUGAUCGCACCCGAGAUUGAGCGCAUGGCUGCCGAAAGCGACCCGGAGAAGCUCGUGUUUGCCAAGUUUGACUGCGGCGCCACCGACGCCUCCAAGCGGCUGGCCAUGUCCCUGGGCAUCAAGGCGCUGCCCACCUUCCACCUCUACCGCAACUGCCAGAUGGUGGACUCCAUGACGGGGGCCAAGCUGAAGAGCCUGCAGGAGAUGCUCGCCAAGCACACUUAAGGGCAGCCUGUAGAGCCUGUGGUGAGCGACAUCAGGGGUAAAGGAGAGGGAGAGAGACACGUGCUUUAUGUAUGGAGUGUGCCCGGAUUUUGUCAUUUGAAGAGUGUAGCACGUGAGGAGCACAUUUGUUUGGGUUCACCAGUAUCAACGCGGAGGCGUGUGCUGUGAGCCGUACCGCACGAGAAGAAGACCGAGGAGGAGAGGAGUCUUUCCCGCUUGACCGUUUGCCUAACUAACCGACAUGCCGUAUGCAUGGAGCACAUCCCCAAUAAUUCCCUCGGCGGCGCGAGCUGGCGCCGCGCGUGAGGGCCUUCGCCGUCUUGCUUUGCUAUGGCAAGAUGCGGGAAGAGCAGCUUAUCCUUUCCCAGCAGGGGCGAGUUGAGACAAGCAGUCCGUCCAUAACUUUAUUGCAUGCUGUACUUGAGACGGAAAGAGAGCCAAAAGGUAGAAGAAUUUCGAGUUGUUAUGUUGCGCUUCUGGGUCCUUGACAUGCUUGGGUCGCGAGGCACGUGGGGACGGUGGGCCGCUCACGACGAUUGCCUGGCUGGAUGGCAGACGGACGGGCGGCUGCACCCGUCGCUCGUCCCAUGGCCCCUGAGCGCUGGCUGCAUGGUGUUGGUCACACUCCGCCAUGUGCGCCUGUUUAAAAACAGUUGGAAGGUGCACCCGUUUCGUGCACUUGGUUGCUCCCCAGGAGUGGCUCAUACAGAGAAGAAAGAAACAAGCUGUGUUGUGUGCUGUGCGUGUAGUGCUGUACUUGUACCCAGUUUAGGGAACUUAUCGCGCCCGUUUUUUCAUGGCAAGGCACGCAACACUCCAGGUUUGCGUCUGCCUUGCCUGCUUGCUGCGGUGCGGGCCAUGCAUGUGGGUGUGAGUGAGCAUGGCACAUUAUUCGCCGUACGGAAAUCCGCCAAUCCUGUGUGAUGUUAGGGUGUGAAGCUCUGGUGUGUGGUUUGUCUCCCUUGGAGGCACCCCAGAGGUGUGUGCGCCGCCAGAGAGGUCCUGAUGAGUGUUUAAGUAUGUCAAAUGGUAUAUGCUCCUUACAAUGUAGAAGGUUAUAUUUACCUGGAGAGGGACGUGGCAAAAGCGCAUACCAUGCGACUCAUUUGCUAUUUGGUGUUGGUGGCCGUCAUUUGUAUCGCGGUAGCAGUUGUGAUGAUAGGGGCGGUGUUGUGACAGACGUACGGCUUAGGGAGUCGUACGGCUUUCGUGUGAGCGAAGCCAAGUAGUUGUACGAGAGGGCUAUGACAAUUGCUGUACUCUUACAAGCCAGCCCUUGAACGUUUGAUGCCUCCAAAUGCGUUUGAAUUUCGUACGACUGCCCAUUGCCCUUGAACACGGAUGCCUUCCCUUGUAGGAAGGGGGUGCAGCAGUAGCAUUGCAAGAAGUCACCAAGAUAGGGCUUUGCCACUGUUGAUUCUGUGCGUGCUUGGUGCUAAGUCUUCUCAGUGUUAUUUACUUGUCCUUCCGGCAUGCCGGGUGGUGAAUAACACGUAGGUACUUGUUGGUGUGCUGUUGGUGCUCCAGCCAGUUGACAAGCUCCCAGUACAGCUGCUGUAAGUAGUGAGUUCGCCC